AUGAGCGACCCGAAUAACCCGAACAUCGAGCAGCGCACCACGCCGCAGUGGGCAUUAUACCAGCGCGAGAACUUCUGGAAGGCGAACGAGGGGCAGACGCCUCCGUUCAACACAGAUCCCACCAAGCUGGAAGAAGAGGCGAAACGCAAGCUCAGCCUGGGAGGAUGGUACUACGCCUCCUCCAACGCGGGCCUCUCCACGACGCACCUGGCGAACCGCCAGGCCUUCUACCGCCACCGGCUGAUCCCCAACCAACUGGUCGACACGAACCGGCGCGACACCACCACCGAAAUCUUCGGGCACCGCGUCGCGGCGCCCAUCGGCUUCGCGCCCAUCGGCAUCAACGCGAUCUACCACCCGGCCGCGGAGCGGGCGGUGGCCAAGGUCGCCGGCGAGCUGCGCCUGCCCUACUGCCUCUCGACGGCGGGGAGCACGCCGAUCGAGGCGGUGGGCCGCGCCAACGGCGCCGGCAACCCGCGCUUCUACCAGCUGUACCUGCCGCACGACGACGAAUUGACGCUCAGCCUGCUGCAGCGCGCGUGGGCCGCCGGCUUCGACGCCCUGCUCCUCACGACGGACACGUGGCAGCUCGGGUGGCGGCACGACGACGUCGCGCACGCCAACUACGCGUUCUACCGCGGCAUCGGGGCGGAGCUGGGGCUCACGGAUCCCGUGUUCCGCCGGCGGUGUCGGGAAUGCGGCAUCGACCCGGACACCGAUCCCGUGGCGGCGGCGACGAAGUGGAUCGAUUCCGUGUGGCACGGGCGCGCGUGGGCGUGGGACAAGCUCCCCUGGCUCAUGGCGCGGUGGCGCGAGAUCUCGGGCGGGCGGCCGUUCGUGAUCAAGGGGGUGCAGUCCGUGGCGGACGCGCGGCGGUGUGUCGAGUAUGGGGUCGAUGGGAUCGUGGUGAGUAACCACGCGGGGCGGCAGGUGGACGGCGCGAUUGCCAGCCUGGACGCGCUGGAGAAUAUCGUCCAGGCGGUCGGGGAUCGCAUCUAUGUCAUGUUUGACUCCGGGGUGCGCGGCGCCAGUGAUGUCGCCAAGGCGCUGGCGCUGGGCGCCCGCUUCGUCUUCGUCGGCCGGCUCUGGGUCUGGGGCCUCAGCAUCAUGGGCGAGGAGGGCGUGCGCCACGUCAUGAAGUCGCUGCUGGCCGACUUUGAUAUCCUCAUGGCGGUUGCGGGGUUCAAUCGCGUCGAGGACUUCGAUCGCGACUGUCUAGAAUCAUACCCCAAGUCGUACACUUUGAUCCCGGAUCGCGUUCUCUAG